AUGGCGAUAAUCGUCCCCAUUCCCGAAGAGGAUGAUCGGGCGAUGGAGCUUUCCUCCAUCGCCGCCAUCUUUCCAGAAAUCAGAAUCGAUGAGCGAUGUCCAUUUAGAGCCUCGUUAGAUAUCCCCGUUACGCCGUCUUCUCCGUUGCUGGUUCAGUUUGAACCAGGCCCUGAGCAUUUCCAGCCUCCCAUGACCCCACCGACCUCGUUCGAUACAAAUGAUACAGGGGUGGACGCAGAGAAUCUUGAUGGAAAUGCGCGAAGAGCCGCCCGGAACGGACAGGAUAUACAUAAUUUGUCACAUUUACCACCUUUGACAUUGGACAUAGAACUCCCACUAGGUUAUCCUUCGGAGAAGCCGCCUAUAUUCAACAUCACCACCAGCCCACCGUGGCUCCCGCCAACCCAAAUCCUCAAGUUGAAAAGGGAUGGCAAAAGAUUAUGGGAAGAAUGUGGGAAAGACAUGGUUGUUUACACAUAUAUUGAUCAUCUACAACAAAUGACCGAUGGUGCUUUUGGCAUCGCAGAUGGCCACGAUGAGCCUAUCAAGCUUCUCCGCGGAUUGAAGAUUGCACUGCUGGAUUUCGACAUCAAAACCAAAAGGGAAAGGUUUGAACAGGAGACUUUCGAAUGCGGUGUUUGUUUAGAGCCGAAGAAAGGCGUGAAUUGCCACCGCAUGUUGCUCUGUUCGCAUGUGUUCUGCAUUCCAUGCCUACAAGGAUUCUAUAACAGCUGCAUAUCUGAAGGGGACGUUGAUAAUGUCAGAUGUAUGGCCCCAGAUUGCGGCAAGGAGCCCAACCUUCCAAUUGCUCAAGUUCAACAACAUCAAGAUGCUACCGUAACCUCCAAACGGAAGAAGAAAAAGAAGCAGGAUCGAUGUAUUAUUCCUAGCGAGCUUCUUCAGAUUCCCCUGGAACAAGAGAUGGUUCAACGAUACGUGUUUUUGAAACGGAAAAAGAAACUCGAGUCAGACAAGACCACGGUCUAUUGUCCCCGGAAAUGGUGUCAAGGGGCAGCCCGAUCUAAGAAGCAUCCGAAGCCCGAUGAUCCUAUGGUCGAUGAUUUUAGCGAAUCAGAUGAUGAUGAUAACAUCAUGAAUUUCGAUCCCAUGGGCGAAGAAGCUCAACUGCCACCAAUGGCUGAUCGACUUGCAAUUUGUGAGGACUGUGACUAUGCUUUCUGCUGCGUAUGCCAAAAAGGAUGGCAUGGAGAAUUGGCAAGGUGCUUACCACGACGAGAAGCAGAGCUCUCGGCAGAAGAGAAGGCUACGGAAGAGUACAUGAAGAUGUAUACGAGACAAUGCCCGACAUGUAAAUCACCAUGCCAAAAACUUAUGGGAUGCAACCAUAUGAUCUGCUUUCAUUGCAAUACUCAUUUUUGCUAUCUUUGCUCCGCCUGGCUGUCUGAAGACAGCCCAUAUCUGCAUUUUAACACAUUGGAUAGCAGCUGUUUCAAUCGACUUUGGGAGCUUGAAGGUGGUGACGGCGUUGAUCCAGACGGAGUGGCAGAACUCCAUCAGAUACCCGCGAAUAUAGUGGAUUUUGAUGAUGCCAGCGACGAUGGGGGAAUCUCAGAUGACCCUGAUGUUGAGGAUGACCACCCUGCUUGGGAGUUUGCACCACAGGAUAACGACACUGACAGCAGCGAUGAUGACGAUGGUCCAGCUCGACGGCGACCUCCACCUCCGGCUCCAGUUCCUCCUCGAGUAAUGCCCGUUGCUGGUGAAGCGCAUGGAAAUCAAGGAGCAGACGAUCACGGUCUCGAUGCGGCUGGCAGAGCUGCGGCUGCAGAGCGUCAAGCACAAGCUCUUGCUAUGGCUCAAAUAAGAGAUCGGCAAGGUGCACGUGAAGCAUUUCCUCGUCCUCCGCAUCGCGCAGGAGCAGGUCUACAAGUACGCCGUAAUGCGGGAGGCUUUCAGCCAGUUCGACAAGAGGGUCUUCAGCGAUUCCUUGAACUUGUUCAAAACGACCAGGAGGAUGAAUGGGACAGCGACGAACUCGAUGAAUGA